CUAGACAUUGAGAACACAGAACGUCGGCGCGAGUCCAGCCAGAACUCUCUGGGACUGCACACCGGGCGCCAUGAGUUCUCCAGCAUCGAAAAGGUUGCGCUUGUCGACGUCAAGGACCUCUAUCUCGGGUAGACGACAAAGCGUCUCUGGGGUUCAUUCGUCACUUCCACGCCCAUCGUCCGCGGCUGGCAACAGAAUAAGUAGCACGCAACCCAGCUACGAUUUCAUCUCUGGCGGAGCGACUGAGAAUCCUCUACCACCUUUGCGACAAUCCAGACUGCGCCAGCCCUCGGUUACCAGACAAGACCACAGUCAAGAUGAGAACCUGCGAGCCAAGAUAAAUUCGCUGGAAUAUGAACUCAAGAAUCUCCAACAAGAACGCGGACUUCUGGCUCUGCAACACGACAAGGAACUUCGGGAACAGCAAGCUAGAGCAGAGGCAGACUUCAAAAAGUACCAGAAUGCGGAAAGCGCAGCUCAAAAAGCGACGCGGCGACAGGAAGAAAUCGCUAGAGAACUACGUGAGGCGCAAGACCAAUGGGUCAAUGAGAGAACGACCUUGGAACGAAAGCUACGAGACCUCCACGAUCAGACCUCAUCCUUUAAGGAAGAUGCGGAGGAUGCGCAGGCACGAUUAGCAGAUGAAGAAAGACACCAUAAACACCAGCUGGACGAUGUCGAGGCGAAACGUGCGGCGUUGCAAGAGACGGUUGACAGCAUGAAACAAGAGCUGGAAGAUUUAUCGAGCCAAUUUGAUGCGUCUCAGGCCCGUUUGUCAGAGCGAGAUGCACGAGUCGAGAGUCUCGAAGCGGAGGUGUCUGCGCUGAAGUCGCACUCCGCAGACAGUGAGGCAUUAACGGUCCUGCAGAACCAACUGUCAGACCAAGUGGCUCACAUCCGGAAACUCGAGCAGAUGAACAGAGAACAACUUAAUGAGUUGAGGAGACUGCGAGAGACACAACGCAGCGUACAAGUGGUUGAAGAACAGAAACACGGGCUGGAAAUCGAAAUUCAAGUCUUGAAAGAUGUUGAACGGCAACUGGGCGAAGCCCAAAUCCAGAAGGAAAUCCUCGAAGACGAGAAGCGGACGUGGACCAGUCUGCUGGAACGUGAUGGCGAGAACGAAUUCGGAUCUCCAGAAGCGGUUGUCAAGGCGCUGAUCCAGCAACGCAUCGAAUGUGCUUCGGUCAUGGACAGAUUAGGCACAAUCGAGAGUGAUCUAACCGAGAAAGACGAAAUCAUCAAAGCCUUAGAUGCGGACAAAGCAUCCCUCAAGGUCGAGUUGGAGAAAGUGAAAUCCUUGCAAGCGGCACAAACCGAGCCUGCUAAUGACAACAAAGCCUACAAGCGGCUCGAACGCCAGAGAUUGCUGGCGGUCAAGGAGGUCGAGUAUCUGCGCGCACAGCUGAAGACGUUUGAUACCGAAGAGACAAUAUUAAUGGACAACCAGAACUUUGAUGCCCUACGGUCUGAGCAGAUCAAGCAACUUGAAACCCUGGUUGAUCAAUAUAAGACUGAAGUGCAGACCCUUCACUCUGAUAUGUCGAAGCUGGAGUCGGCUCCUCCUGCAGCUGCGCAGCCAGAGGAGGCCCGAGGCACCAAACGAUCUGCAGAGUCGCAAGAGCCAGACGGCGAGAGUCACUCACAGCUCGGAGCUUUGCUGCGGAAAAACAAGAACCUACAGAUCGCAUUGCAGAAAACUGCACAGCAGUCUCAAAUGCUGGCCACAGACUUGCAGGCUACCAAGGCACAGCUGAAGGCAUUGCGAGAGACCUCCAAGACUCGGAUGCUAGAGCUUCGAGACAACCCUACAGCCAGGGCCGAAGCCAUUAAGAUGUCCACCUUGCGAACAUUGAAGGAAGAAAAUGCAGGACUGCUGGCUCAAUUACGAGGUGAAGACCUCCAGGGCGUGAAGGUCGUACCUGUCAGCACAGUCGAUGCACUCAAGCUUGAUCUGAAGGAUAUGGAGAUGGUUGUGGCGGAGAAGGAGAAACGCAUGAGACGACAACGGGAGAUCUGGACACAGAAAGCCGCCGAAUUCCGCGAUGUUAUUGCCAGUGUGCUUGGAUACAAGGUCAACUUCCUACCCAACGGCAAAGCCAAAGUAUCCAGCAUGUACUACGGCCAGACCCAGGAUGCCGACGAGGACAGUGAUGAGGAAGACGAGCACUACAUUGUUUUCGACGGGGACAAUGGCACAAUGAAGAUCAGCGGCGGCCCAGACAGUGCCUUUGGCGAAGAGAUCAGGGAUCUGGUGAACUUCUGGGUCAAGGAGAAGAAGCAGAUUCCCUGCUUUCUGGCAGCCAUGACUCUCGAGUUCUAUGAGAAGUUUGCGAACAACAGUGGGAAGCUGGACGGGUCCUGAAGCAUGGAGGGAUCUAGUAUUUAUUGUAUAGUAAUGAGACGAUGUCAUUCGG